CUGGUCAGGCCUCUACAGAAGCCUCAGUCAUUUCUAGGACAUCAAUAACUUUCACAACAACCGAAGCCCUCAAACGGAACAAUUCUUCUAGUUUGGACACAUCUAUUUCUGGCGGAUUAAAUGACAAAUCAAAAGUCUUAAUUCUACUCGUAUAAAGGAGCGGUUUCGGUUUGUAUACAUUUUACGCAUUCAUAAUAAGCAGAAACGACAACUUCCCUGAAUAUGUCAACUAGUUUAGACCUGUGGAAUAUUCCCCUGAGAGCGCUGAAUAUCAACGUGAGAAAAAGAUUGGGACUGUUUUUAAAUCCGCGAAACACUGUGGCAUCAGACUGGAUGUCUGUCGCAGAAAACAUGGGUUUCUCUUAUUUAGAGAUCAAGAAUUACGAGGAUUGCCAAGAUCCAACACGGAAGAUUCUAGAGGACUGGCAAUCACGUUGUCCCGGAGCCAAAGUUGGAAAGUUAGUUUCAAUUCUGGAUAACGUGGACCGAAAAGACGUUGUGGAGGAUCUCCGAGAUCUCAUUGAGGAGGACUGUAAGAGGUACAUAGAGAAACAGAAUGAGCCCCCAGUCCAGGUUCCUGAGGUGGACAGCUGUGUCCCCAGAACCCCAGAGAGACAAGGCAUCACCCUGCAGGAUGACCCAGAAGGGGGUAUACCGGAGCUGUUUGAUGCCUUCAUCUGCUACUGUCAGAGUGACUUUGACUUUGUCCAUGAGAUGAUCCAGCAGUUGGAGCAGACGGACCACAAGUUGAAGCUGUGUGUGUUUGACCGGGACGUCCUGCCUGGAUCAUGUGUCUGGACUAUCACCGGCGAACUCAUCGAGAAGAGGUGUAAAAGGAUGGUGGUGGUGAUAUCUGAUGAGUACCUGGACAGUGAUGCCUGUGACUUCCAGACAAAGUUUGCCCUCAGUCUCUGUCCUGGUAAGUCUCUGUCCUGGUAAGUCUCUGUCCUGGUA